AUGGUAGCGUGGAAGAAUCUAAGGAAAAGAGGCGCAGAGUUGAAGCACUGUGGCUCCUCUCCCCCGUCACCCCACUCGGCCCCCUCUCCUAAUAUGAGGCAUUUUCUGGGGGAGCAAAGCUGCAGCAGGAAUUCGGCGAAGUGGCAGAGCUGGGACCCCAGCGGGCGCCGGGCGCCGCGGGAGCCAGCAGGUGGCGGGGCCUGCGCUCCGCCCGGGCCUGAGUGCACCAGGCAGGUGCCAGCGGCUCCGCACCGCGGCGACACCACCGCCGGCACUCACACAGGCCGGCAGCUCAGAACCGAGCGCAGGGCCCCGGAGGGAGACCAGGAAAUUUGCUCGCUGUCUCCGCAGUGGGGACACCAGACCGAGUGCACGCUGGAGGUCCCGGAGCACGAGGAGCGCGGAGGACUGGGAGGUUCCCGGGCUUGCGUGGGAGACCCUCUCCUGGCUCGCCAAAGGCCAGCGCCACCCUUCACAGUAACGACGGCAGGGGUGACCCCACAGCCAGAGAGCCUCUCCCCUUCUGGAAAAGAGCCCGCAGCUUCAUCUCCCAGCUCAAACACCACAGCGGCCACAACAGCAGCUAUUGUCCCGAGCUCCCGGCUGACGCCUUCCACAUCACCUUCCACAGGAACCACAGAGAUAGGCAGUCAUGAGUCCUCCCACGGCCCCUCUCAGACAACAGCCAAGACCUGGGAACUCACAGCGUCUGCCUCCCACCAGCCGCCAGGUGUGUAUCCACAGGGCCACAGCGACACCACUGUGGCUAUCUCCGCAUCCACUGUCCUGCUGUGUGGACUGAGCGCUGUGUCUCUCCUGGCAUGCUACAUCAAGUCAAGGCAAACUCCCCCGCCGGCCAGCAUUGAAAUGGAAGCCAUGGAGGCUCUGCCAGUGACUGGGGAGACCAGCAGCAGAGAUGAAGACUUGGAAAACUGCUCUCACGACCUCUGAAACUCGGGGAAACCAGCCCAGCUACGUCCGGAGUGAAGGAGCCUAUCUGCUUUAGCUAAAGACGACUGAGAAGAGGUGCAAGGAGGUGGGCUCCAGGAGCAAGCCCACCAGGCCUCUCAGACGUCCCAGCAGGAUCUCACAGACUGCGGGGUCGGCGCUUCCUGCGCAGGGAAGCAGGUUCUCCACCUUCCCAUGGGCACCACCUGCCUGCCUCGGAUCCAGGGCCCAGCUUCCCAGGAGAGACCAAAGGCUUCUGGGCAAGGGUUUUAUUUUAUUACAGUGUGAGCUGCCUGGAAUACUUGUGGUAAUGAAAUAAAACCCCUGCCCCGAACCUUCCAUCCCUCAUCCUGACUUGCAGUUCACAGAGAAAAGUGACAAACCUGAAGCUCUCUGUCAAUUACAAGGCUCCUCCUGGCGUGGGAGGUGUCUCCAGGGAAGACACCAGCACUGGGGCUUCUAACCACCCUGUCUCCAGCUGCUCUGCACACACAGACAGGGACCCGGGAAAGGUGGGAGAGAUGCUGAGCCAAGCGAAUCCUCUCCAUCAAAGGAUCCGCAAAGAAGAAACCUCAACUCAGUGCCAUUUUACAUACAUAUGUGUUUAUAUUUAUACUUCCUUGUCUAUUAUAGCUACACAUUAUAUAUGAUUUCUAUUUUGACAUUGUACCUUGUAUAAACAAAAUAAAACGUCUAUUUUCAAUAUUUUAAAAAUGCA